AUGAAUAGAGCUCUUCUUCUCAAAUGGAAGUGGAGAAUUUUGAAGGAGGAUAAUGCUAUUUGGAGUAGAUUUUUACUCUUAAGAUACGGCAAUCCGAAAUUCAAAGUGCUUCCUUCGUGUGGGGAUGUUCUAAAUCCGGAUGAUUCUAGUUGGUGGAGAGAUAUCAUUCUUAAUGAUUUCAACGAGGCGGAUAGCGUAGAAGGAUUCUCCGAUUGGAUUAAUUGUGAGUGCAAGAAUGGAAACAACAUUCUUUUUUGGCAUAGUUGUUGGUUGGGCGAUAAAACUCUUCGUGAAUCCUUUCCACAUUUGUUCGAUCUUUCAACCAAUAAACUUUGCAAGGUUAGUGAUAUCAUAUCUUGGAAUAAUGGUGCUUUUUCUUGGAAUUUUAACGACCUCUUCGGUCUCAUCGGAAUGACUACCUUGAAUUUGUCUCCCCUCUUUCCCACCCAUAAUGGCACCGUCUCGGAUUUGCUUAUUCAAUUGAGGGAUUUAAAAGAUUCUUUGGAGAGCAUCAUUCCGAUCAUGUCGGACAACGAUGUUUUUCAUUGGAAAUUAAAUUCUUCCGGUGUUUUCUCGGUUGCAAGUGUGAAUAGCUUGGUUUCUAAUGCCAAAGAGAACGCUUGGACAAUCGACAUUAUCAAGUUGUUGGAAACUAUGUGGAAGGCUAAGGCUCCGAAAAAGGUUCAUAUCUUUUCUUGGAGAUUCUUUAUUGACCGUCUUCCUUUAAAAGAUCUAUUGCUUUAUAGGGGGGUUUCUAAUUUCACCUCUUCCGAUUGUGUUCUUUGUUCCAAUCAUCUGGAAACUUCGCAUCACCUUCUCUUUCGUUGUUCUGUUUCGAAGGCGGUGUGGGAGAAAAUCCAUAAUUGGUUGGGAGAUGAAGUGGAGGUAAACUUGGAAGAGUUCAAGAGCUUUGGUUGCAUUCAAGAAAAGGUGAAGUCUCACAACAUUAGAAUUAAAUUAAAUUCCAUUUGGUUGGCAAUUAUUUGGUCUAUUUGGUUGAUGAGAAAUGCUAUUAUCUUUGAGAACGCUACUUAUAGCUUCGAAACGGUAAUCUCCAACAUUUUGUUUUAUUCUUGGAGAUGGUUAGGUGGUAGUGAGUAUAUUUCUAGGACCUCCUUUUAUGAUUGGUAUAAGUUACCUUUAAACUGUUUCAACUCUCUAUAG